AUGACAAGAAAGAAAGUGACGCUUGAAUGGAUAGCGAAUGACAAUGCCAGAAGACUUAGCCUCAAGAAAAGGAGGUUAGGAUUAUUGAAGAAAAUGAGUGAGCUAUCCACUCUGUGCGGUGUCAAUGCUUGUGCCAUCAUCUAUAGCCCAGACGAGAUCGAGCCAACGGUGUGGCCGUCACAUGACGUUGUACAACAACAACAACUUGCACAGUUCCAAAGCUUGUCCGAGUUAAAGCGACUCAAGAAAAUGAUGAACCAAGAAACCUAUAUCCAAGAGCAGGUUAAAAAGGCUAGAGAACAAUUGAUGAAGUGCGAAAAGAGGAACAAGGAAAUGGAGAUGGCCCAACUCAUGUAUCAAAUCAAUCAAGGCAAGGGGCUUGAUGAACUUAACCUUAAUGAACUGAAUGGGUUGUCUUUGUUUGUGGAAGAGAAGAUAAAGGAGAUUAGCAAACGGAUUGAGUUUUUCCAACAAGCUCCUUUUGCUCCUACAAGCGCCCUUCCUGAUCCACAUCUUCCUCUUCCUCCCCAAUGCCUUACAGUAAAAGAAAUGGCUCAAACUGGCAGUGGUGGAGACUGGGGCACUCCUACAGAGCCUUUGCUAUGGAACCAAUUUGACAUGGGGCUACCUCCUACAGAUUUUAUACCCCAUGGUUCAGGUGACCCAGGGCUUUGUCAUGGGAGUCUAGUCGGAGGUAGGAAUUUUGGCCCAUUUAGGAGUGAUACAGGGUUGGGACUGCACCCUUUAGGUGGACACUUAGGAAGCAACUCCAUUGGGAGUGAGAUAGGGCUGCCACAUCUUUGGCAUUCCGGUGGCAGCAGUAGUGGCGUUGGCAAGGUUAUCGAAUAG